AUGAGCAGCAGCAGCAGCAGCAGCAGCCAGCUGCUGGGCCCCGUUGAUUGGCUGCUGCGAAGGGAGGAGCAGGGAGCUGUGGCAGGCGUCGCGGCGGGCGGCGGCGGCAGCGCAAGGCAGGGCAGCGGCCGCAGCUCGGAUGGGAGGGGCGGCGAGGCUGCGGAGGGAGGGAGAGGACCAGGGCGUGAGUCGAGAUCAGCCUUUCGAAUGCAUCUGCGGCAGGGUGUGAAUGCGCUCGUCCAGACCGUUGUUGUGCUCGUGCUCGUGCUCGUGCUCGUGCUCGAUGAAGUGCUCGUGUGGUCGUUGCUCGCCGCGAGAGGUGCCAGUCGGUCGACGGGGCUCUGA